UGCGGCGGCGGUGUUUAUUUCCUGAGAGCAAAAUGAAGAAGCAACACCAAAGUCAACUCUGAGCCGCACAAUGGAUCUUAUUUCUCCAAGCGACACCGACUUCUCUACAUUCGUUGACUCCAGGAUGUCCUGUGGUGCAAGUGCAUGUGAUUACAGUGACUUUAUGGACAAUAUCGGUGUUUUGCCAAAUAUUUACAAGGAAUAUAACGAAGCAGCUUGUGUCUCCGUCGAGAACCUGCCUCUGAAUUGUCGUUUGCACUCUCCUUGUGGUGAUACCUUUCGUCAGCACUCGUUUUGGAGAGCCAAGUGGACGAAGAGAUAAGGAAUCCCUAUGCCACGAAACUCCAAUUACAGACUAAGUAAAAUGGAAGUGUGGAUGUCCUCUUUGCCUGGGAGGAGGCCAGGAAGAAACUGGUUUCAACAGAACAGAAAGGCUCCUGCCAUGAACCCUCAGGUCACUCUGCAUAUGGAUGUGCACCCUCCAGUUCUUGACACCUCAAGGCCGAAACCACCUCUGCCCAAUAAGAAUAUGGCUCAGGGUGCAAGCAUGAGAAAGCCAAACCAGUGGUGGAAUUCCUUACGGAAUAUGUAUCAAUCCAUUUGGACUGGAUCAACUCCUGUAACCUGGGUCAACCCAGACAUGAUGAAUGAGCUUCCAUCAGUAACCUACAGUCAGCCUUAUAUCCCAGAAAGCCAGUUUCUAACUAUGGAACCAAAUAGAAAUGGAGAUACUGGUGGGUGUCUGUGGUAUGCUGCCCCUCCUGAAGGAUCACAGCUUGAGUUCAUGGACCCCUUACAUGUUUGGCAACAGAAAAUUCUCUUCCCAUGGGAAUCAGUAGCUCACCCACCGCCUUGUUUCCCAAAUCUCCCUAAUAAGAAAAGCAAACCAAGCCAGCCUCUCAAUCCAGAAGCGAAGGAGUGGAUUCCCAAAGAAAUGCGGGGGAAAAGUGACUUGAGCCCUUCCACUCGGGACUGUUUCUCAUCUGCUGAAGAUUCUUGUGGCAGACUGCCUUCAACUAAAACCUCUCUUGAUUCUAUUGUGUGUCAAGAAUUUUGUGAAAUAACAGAAAAUGAAAUUGCUGCUAUUCGUAAUGAUGGUGGAAGUGUUAAGGCUUGUUCAAUGUCUUCAGAAUCCCCCAAACAGCUGGUUGACCAAAUAAAUUUUACAGAAAAGUCUCAAUAUGGUAAGUCUGUGAUAAAAUCUGAUAGUAACACCAACCAGUCUUCAUCAGUAGAAAAAUAUACAUUCUGGAAGUACUCCGGUUAGUUAUGCUGUUGUGGCCAAGAAAGUUUUAAGCUCACCAGAACCACCAAGAGCAAAAUCUCCUAAUGAAAAGACAAAAUCUGCAGGAGUUGAUCAGCCACUUCCCAAAAUUUUCUUAAAAGAUAAGAAGUACCCAAAAGAAAAAGCAGCACCAUUAAUGGAAAAAAGUGUACAUACACUUCCAUUUAAAACUGCUAACAAAGUUCAGAAGAAAGAUAGCAGAAAAUUCUUAAAUGAGUUAAAAGCAUUGGCUCAUGCUGAAAGUAGUGAUUGUGGUUCUUUAGCCAGUGAAAGUAGUUUUGGUUCUCCAUGCAGUGAUAGUUUUCCUCAAAGAAUAUGCCAUGGAAACAUAUUGACUCCUUGUGGUUCACAGUCUUGGGAAAAGGUAAAGGAUAUGUGUGCUCCAGAAUCAAGAAGCCCAAGAACACAGCGCAGCAACAGUGAGUGCAGUUCUGGUAAUAGCCGAAUACGCAGUACUAGUGAGUCUAGUGUGACAAGUGUAGAUAGUAUCAACAUCGAGUUCGAAGAUGAAGUUGACAAAAAUAAUUCAAUGAAUAAUGUUUGUAUUAUUAGUGAAAAUUGCCAACCAAAGUGCAUUGACAAUACAAAGUUGUCAAACAGUGUUCUUGCCCAUAUCUUAGGUCUCAAUGACUGUAAAAGUGAAGAAUCUGAUGAAGAAUGGGAUGAUUCAGAUAGUGACUGGGAUGAAGUACAAAAUGAUAGCAAUGGUCUAGAUGAUAGUUGGGAAACAUUUGGUCUUGGACUUACUAUUCCAAUAACCUGUAAAGGGUCCUCUUCCAGCCUUAAUAGUGAAAGAAAGAACACUGACCAAGGAUCAAGCUUGAAUACAGAGAAAAACUGUGAUAUUUUGGAUGAAGAGGAGGAUGCGUUUAGCUGUAAUUUAGCUGAUGUGAAUAGACAUUGGAAUGAAGAAGUUGAGAAGAACAUUUCCACAAAGACCAAAAAACGUGUGUAUUUUGGAGCAGUAAAAGUGCAUCCUAUGGUCACUUGGGCACAUGCCUACCAGCAGGCUAGAAGAGGACCAUGGGAACAGUAUGCUCGAGAUGCAGCACGUUUCAGUCGUCACAUAGCAGAUUUAGAACCUGUCAUUUCAAGGGUGUUGCAAGAAGGACACCGACAGGAAGUCUACCAAAAGCUUUAUGGGGAUUCCUCUAGCUAACAGUACCUUUUAUCUAGUCCAACUUUAUUUAAUGAAGGCUUAGCAAAAGGAUGAAGUUGUUUUGUGUUUGUUAGGAUAAGCAUUAUAAAUUAGUUUUGUUUGAAAAUUUCCUUUGUAUAUAAUUGAACAGAGACUUUGUAUUAAUUUUUUUUCCAUAUUUUAUAGUUUAAAAAAGCAGGUGCUUUUAAAGAUGGCUUCAUAAGUUAGGAGUUAUUUUUGUCAACUAGUCCAGAUAAAGGGGUUUAUUCAUGCAAAACUAUUGAUUUCUAUGAUUAGUAUCUAUAAGAAGCUUGAUCAGAUUUUUUAAAUGGCAAGUGAUUUCCUCAUUAAAGUUGUGCAUGUGAACAUUAUUGAUGUACACAUGCAUGUAAAUAUUCUUUGUUUGAUGUAUUCUCUUGUAUUCACUUUCAUUUUCCAAUGAGGAUUUUGAAGGAGUAA